AGCAUAUGAAAUCAUAUUAAAAUAUGUACAGUAAAUAUUAAGAUACACACCAUAAAGUAGUGUAGCUUAAUGAACAAAAUCAUUAAAUUGACUGUGUUGUCUUAUUUAUCAGUCUUUUGGAACUCAUAUUGCACUGUACUUCCAAUAUCUACUGUUAGGCAUCGUUGUCACUCAUGAUUCCUGCAAUUGCUUUGAAUUUGAAUUCAGAUUUGUUUGUCUGUUUAUCAGCUACUUUCUCAUCCUCUUUCAUUUGUGACUUUAUUUUUUGCCCCCAUGGCUCCUAAGAAAAUUCAUAGUAAAAUAAUUGCUAUCUUCAAGCUUUAAUAUAUGAAGCGUAUUUUGUGGCAAUAAUAGCUGCAACUGAUCUUGAUUAAUCCAUCACACUUCAUGACUUUUGGAAGAGAUACGAUAGCUACAAAGCUGUACAGAGCAUGGCUUUGAUUGGUGUAUGGAAGAAGCUAUGCCCGCAAUUCAUGAAUGAUUUUAAGGGGUUUGAUAAUGUUGCCAUCAACAAAACAUUGGUGACUAUGAGCAAAGAAUUGGGAAUGGAUUUGGAGGAGGAGGAUUUCACAGAUUUAUUUGAAAAUGACAAGAAGCCCCUGAUGAACGAGGAUUUGAUAGAGCUUCAUGAGCAGCAAAAUAAAGAAGAGGAAGUUGAACCUGAGCCACAUCACUUUACCAUUAAGAAAAUGCAGCAAGCAUUUGCAUGUAUCAAAAAUGGUCUUUCUAUGUUCGAGAAUAUGGAUCCAAAUGCUCAAUACUUUUCCAAGAUUAUGGGGACUUGUCACAAAGCUUUGGCACCUUAUAUUGUAAUCCUUGAAAAAAAGAAAAAGACAGUUCAAGGAACUCUCAACUGGUCUUUUAAGUGCAUCAAACAACAAGAACAGCCAGAGUCAGCUGUUGAUGUUGACGAUUCACAGCCAUCUACAUCUGCAAUGUAAACCACCAAAUUGUAUGUACAUAUUGGUAAAUUUAAAAUAAUUUAGUUUUUUUUUACUAUUGCGAAAUAAUAAUAAUUACUGAAUUUGUUUUUUAAGCUUAAAAAAGGCUUUAAUUUUACCAUGUCUUAUUGCAAACCACAUUCAUGAAUAAAGUGUCCGCUAUGUAUGGUAAAGGCCGCCAAAUUGUAUUCGUAAAUUUAGAUUACUUUUUUUUUACUGUACUGUAUUAAAAAAUAAAAAGUUUUUGUUUGUAAGCUUAAAAUAGGUUUUUAUUAACCAUGCAUUAUUGAGAAUGCAUUCAUAAAUAAAGUACAGAACUGGGAAUGGUUAUUAUCAGUUUAGCCUAGAGACAAGUAAAUUCGACCUAUCCAAGCCUAGAGGCAAGUUAGUUCGACUUAAGUUGUUUUGUCAUGGAAGUUGUGUUUCCUGGAACCAAUUAACGAUGUAAGGUGAGGUAUGCCUGGGCCUCUGGAGAUAUGAUGUGAUUGAGAAGACCUGGCAACUAAAGUGAGAUCGCAACCAUAGCCGUUGCCAGUGUUGCAUGUCCGGCCCAUUUAAAAGGACCCUUGAUGCGUCGGGUGAUAUGAUAUGCUUGAGAAGACCUGUUGAGUCAAGUAAAACCAAUCAUUGCUGUGGCUAGUGCUCCCUGACUGGCUCCUGUUCCGGUGGCAUGUAAAAUUCAUCAUCUGAAU